AUGGGCAAGCUCAUCCGCCUCGAACUCUUCAAUUUCAAGUCCUAUCGCGGCCAUCAUGUCCUGCUGUUCGGUGAUUCCCACUUCACCUCCAUCAUUGGUCCCAAUGGCUCCGGCAAGUCCAAUUCCAUGGACGCUAUUUCGUUCGUCCUGGGCAUCAAGUCCUCCCAUCUUCGAUCGACGCAUUUGCGCGACCUAGUCUACCGUGGGCGCGUUCUCCGGACCUCGAAAAUCAAUGCAGACGGCACCGCCACCGAGCAGACGGGUGAUGGGCAGACCAACGGCCAUACCAACGGCACCACAGGCUCUGAUGAUGAGGGAAGCACGCAGCGGAGUAGUCAGCGCAAUGACCCGCAGACAGCGUGGGUCAUGGCCGUCUACGAGGAUGAUGCUGGCGAGGAGCAGAAGUGGAAGCGCACCAUCACGAGCAAUGGCCAGAGCGAGUACAGGAUCAACAACCGCAUUGUGACCGCCAAGCAAUACAAUGAGGCCCUAGAAGCGGAGAACAUCCUGAUCAAAGCUCGCAAUUUCCUGGUAUUCCAGGGUGAUGUCGAAGCCAUCGCCUCGCAAUCGCCCAAGGACCUCACCAGGCUUAUUGAGCAAAUCUCUGGAAGCUUGGAAUACAAGGCCGACUAUGAGCGCUUAAAGAUCGAGGCGGAAAAGGCUGCCGACGACCAAGGCUUCAAGCUGAACCAGCGCCGUGCGAUCAACUCCGAAAUCAAGCAAUACCAAGAACAAAAAAAGGAGGCAGAGAACUUUGCUCGCAAAGCCGAAGAGCGCGAUCAGGCCGUCAUCAGACACGUUCUGUGGAAGCUGUUCCACUUCCAGAGAAUCAUCGAGGAGUCGGGAGCCGAGAUUCAAAAACACCAGGAGGAACUCAAGGAGCACCGCCGCAGUAUGGAGAAAUAUGAACAGGCCCUUGAGGAUGCCAAGCGUGCUCAGGCAAAGGUUGGGCAAAAUGUUUCCAAGGCGGAGCGAGGGAUCAAAGAAAAAGAAAAGGAGAUCGAAGAUAAAGAGAACAGUCUGGUCCCCAUUGACGAAAAGAUUGCCAUCUCGAACCGGAAUUUGAAGAGGUACGAGGCGAGGAUUGAGGAAAUCACCAAGGAAAGCGACGGCCAAACCCGCAACGUCGAUCAGCUCAAGAAAGACUUGGCUACCGUCCAAAAGGCACAGAGGAAAUGGGAAGAGGAGUUUCGUCAGACAACCCAAAGCGGCCAGCAGUUGAGCGAAGCCGACCUCCAGGAAUACAGCAGACUUCGGAGCGAACUCACGAAGCGCACCGCGGCCACCCAGAUUCGUGUUGACAACCUCACUCGCCAACUCAGAACCGACGAGGAAACGGUCAACAGUUUGAGAAGCAAGGUUGAAAGCACACAAGCGCAAGCCAAGAAACUGCAAGAUGAGCUGCAACAGCUUGGUGAGCGUCGGGACAACACCAAGGCCCAGAUCAAGCAGACUCAAAAGGAUAUCGACGCGAAAAAGAAGGAAUUCAACAAUCUCACGUCGGAACGCCUGCGCGCUGCACAAAAGCAGACCGAGCUGGAGGAAAAGCUUCAAGAUGUUCUCAACAAGUUGCUCGAGGCAGAUGAUGGCCGCCGUGAGAGUGAGAAGGAGCUCCGUGCCAAAGAAACUGUGGCUGCGAUGAAGCGAAUUUUCCCGGGAGUCCGCGGCAGAGUACACGAACUCUGCAAGCCCAAGCAGAAGAAGUUUGAGACUGCAGUUAGCACGGUCCUCGGCCGCCAUUUUGAUGCAAUCGUGGUGGACACUGAGAAGACCGCCAAGGAUUGCAUCCAGUACUUGCGUGACCAGAGGGCUGGACAAGGCACUUUCAUCCCGUUGGAUACGAUUCAGGUCCAGGCUGUCAAUCCCAACUUGAAGGGCAUGCAUCGUGGCAUGCGCCUUGCCAUUGACACAAUCGAAUACGACAACUCUGUGGAGCGAGCAAUGUCCUAUGCUUGCGGCAAUUCCAUUGUCUGCGAUGACCUCAACGUGGCAAAGCACCUCGCAUAUGAGAAGGGUGUCGACGCGAAGGCAGUCACUCUUGAUGGAGUCGUCAUCCACAAGGGUGGUCUGAUGACUGGUGGGCGGGGACCACAGGACCGAAACGCCCGUCGCUGGGAGGACACUGAGGUAGAGAACCUUCGCCGGUUGAGGGACAAGCUCAUGGCAGAACACGCUGCAUUGCCCAAGGGUCACCGCCGUGGUGCGGAAGAAGAAGCCUUGCAGGGGGAGCUUGCUGGCCUUGAUCAGCGGCUUUACUACAUGCGUGAGGAAGUCAAGACGCUGGACCGCAACAUCGAAAGCAAGAAACGCGAGCACGCUUUUGCCCUGGAGCAGCUGAACGAGGCUCGGCCGAAGUACCAAGAACAGUCUGAAGGCCUGGCGAACUUGAAGGACACCCUGCAGACGUUCCAGAAUUCCGUCAGCGAGGUCGAAGAUGACGUUUUCGGAUCAUUCUGCCAGCGUCUUGGAUACGAAAAUAUCCGAGCGUUCGAAGCCCAACAGGGAUCCCUGCAGCAAGAAGCAGCACAGAAGAAGUUGGAGUUCACCCUCCAACGGAGCAAGCUAGAGAACCAACUGAGCUUUGAAACGCAGCGUCUACAGGCCACCCGCGACCGCAUCAAGGGCCUAGAGGAACACGCCACUCGUGAUGAGCAGUUGAUCGGAAACUUGGAAUUGCAAAAGGAGACGAUUCAAAACGAGAUCGACGUACUCAGCGACGAGCUGCAGCAACUCAAGGAGACACUCGCUGGACUUCGAGACAAGUACAAUCAGCGCGUGGAAGAAGUCAACAAGCAGCGUCGGGAGCUACAGAAACACAACAAGGACGCUGAAGGCACAACCAAAGCCGUAUCUGGUCUUGAGGCCGAGGUUCAGCGCAGUGGCGCCGACCGUUAUGCAUUGCUCCGAAAAUGCAAGAUCGACGAGAUCAAGAUUCCUCUGGCUCAAGGUUCACUUGACAAGCUGCCUUUGAACAACCUGCUUAAUGGAACGGCCGAUCCUGACGCAAUGGAUGUGGAUGGCGAGGACCAGGGUGCCACGCAGUUGGCUGGUGUCGAUGUCCAAGACUAUGGAAUCGAAGUCGACUUCAGCUCACUCGACGAGGAUAUCAAGGAAGAUGACUCUACCAGGGCCAAUGAGCAGCUAGAAGAAGCCAUCAAUACCCUCAAUUCGGCGCUUGACAAGAUGGCCCCGAACAUGCGAGCUAAUGAGCGUCUCGAGGGAGUGGAGUCGCGUCUCAAGACCACGGAGAAAGAUUUCGAAAAUGCUCGCAAAGCAGCCAGUCGUGCCCGGGGAGACUUUGAAGACGUGAGAGAAAAACGUCUUGAGCUCUUCAACAAGGCCUUCGAGCAUAUCAGUGGGCAAAUCGGAAAGGUCUACAAGGAUCUCACUCGAUCGGCAGCUUUCCCACUAGGCGGCCAAGCUUAUCUGGACCAAGAAGACAGCGAAGAGCCAUAUCUUGCUGGUCUGAAAUACCACGCCAUGCCUCCGCUUAAGCGCUUCCGAGAUAUGGAGCACCUGAGCGGUGGUGAGAAGACAAUCGCAGCGCUGGCUCUCCUGUUCAGUAUCCAUUCAUUCCAACCGAGCCCUUUCUUCGUGUUGGACGAGGUGGAUGCAGCACUGGACAACAUCAACGUUAUGAGGGUAGCACAGUACGUGAAGGAGCAUGCUGGACCAGGCAUGCAGUUUAUUGUUAUUAGUCUGAAGACUGGCUUCUUCCAGGAGAGCGAGAGUCUGGUGGGAGUGAUGAGAGACCAGGUCGCAAAUUCAUCGAGGACAUUGACGCUGGAUCUACGGAAGUACCAGGCCGCGUAG